AAUUAGUGAGUUUAAGAGGUUGUGGAUAGGUAGCUAGCUUUAAUUCCAGUCUUUAUGCUAAGCUAAACUUGAAAAACGUGGGAGGGUAUCAGAGCUAACUAUUUUUCAAAACUUAACAAUUAAUUAAAAACUUAACUAUUAAUCAGAUGCUUCAGACUGUCAUCAUUUUUUUUACGUUGUUUAAGUCAGAAAUUUGACUCUACAUCAUAAUUAUGAGAUGUCUAUAUCAUUUAAAUUUUUCUUCUUCUGUUUUUUUUUCCCCCUGACAGGAAUGUGUUCCUAUGGCCUAUUAAUAGUUCCCAACAAAAUUUCACAGGUCGUGCGUGCGCGUGUUGUGCCUUGCUGUGCUGUGCGCGUGUGUGUGUGUGUGAGAGAGUUUUUUUUUUUUUUCUUCCCUCUGCCCGGUUUGGGAUUUGCUGGUCGGUGACAUGCCUCCCUCCGCCUGGCUCCUUAUAGCCCCGGGGAGGCAGGAAUCCCGGACGAGUGGUACGGACAUCGCCGACGGAGACCGGCGCAGCGUUCCCCUUUAAACACGGUCUUAUGACUACAGGCUGCCUCAGUGAGAGACGACCGGAGGACCGGACCACAGACUGACAGCCGGGGAAAAGCAGGGGACUGACUCAGUGACAAGAAACCGGUGACAGAGACUGACAGCCGGGAACAGCAGAGGACACAUCUCCCCCUGAAGAGGCUGAAUGGUUGGUGCCAGUCCGCGAGAAGUUAAACGGAUACUACCUCACCUGUCAGCAGGAUUUAGUUUCCCUGACCACCAGUUGCACCCUGAGGACACUUCCCCUCCUGCAGCUCUGAGGAAAUGUGUCGCCUGCCGGUGGCUUCACUCUUCAUUUGCUUCUGGUUGGUGGAGAGAAGCCACUGCAACGGCAGCCUUCAGGACAGCAUGGGAGAGCUGCACACCAGGUUCGCCGUCAGCCUCUAUCAGACGCUCACCGAGACGGAGAACAACUCCAACCUGAUCGUGUCUCCAGUGAGCGUCUCUUUGUCUCUGGGGCUGCUGCAGCUCGGUGCCAGGGGCAACACGCUGGCUCAGCUGGAGGGAACACUGGGAUACAACGUGAACGACGCCCAGGUACAAGACUUCCUGUUGCACUCGCAGGGCGACAUGAGCAACACCAGCCAGGGGAUGUGGCUGCACCAGACCUGCACAUUAUUCAUUCAGAGCGGUGUCCAGCUCCUGACUGAGUUCACCCAACACGCAGCGGCCUGGGCAAACACCAGUGUGGUCCGAGCCAACUUCAGCCAACCCAACCACACUCGCAACCAGCCGGAGAGAUCGGGGCACAACAACGAUGAGACGUGGCCCCUCCAGGCAGGAAGCAGCAGCGGGGAGCUGUCGGGCUCGGGCGAGGCCCAGGCAGAGGCCCUGUGGUGGGGCCACCGGCUGCAGAUGGCCCUGGUCAACACAGUGGCCUUCAGGGGUGUCUGGCAGAAACAGUUCCUCUUCACCAACACCCAGAACCUCCCCUUCACCCUCUCUGACGGGAGUACCAUCAAGGUGCCCAUGAUGUAUCAGGCUACAGAGGUCAGCUUUGGUCAGUUCAGGACGGCAUCAGACCAGCGUUACACCGUGUUGGAGCUUCCGUACCUGGGCCGCUCUCUGAGCCUGCAGGUGGUUCUGCCCAGCGAGAGGAAGACGCCGCUGUCCUCCCUCGAAUGCCAGCUCACUGCUCGCCAGCUGGCGUCCUGGGACACUGGCCUGCGCAGAACCAAGAUGGACAUUUUCCUACCCAGGUUCAGAAUGCAGAACAAGUUCAACCUGAGGUCAGUGCUUCCUGCCAUGGGCAUCAGUGACGCCUUUAACCCGACAGCUGCUGACUUCACUGGAAUAUCAGUGGAGGAGGGUCUUUAUGUGUCCGAUGCCUUCCAUGAAGUGAGGAUAGAAGUCACAGAAGAUGGGACAAAGGCAGCUGCUGCCACAGCUAUGGUGCUACUCAAACGAUCCCGUGCUCCUGUCUUCAAGGCGGACCGGCCGUUCUUAUUUCUGCUACGACAAGUUAACACAGGAUCUGUCUUAUUCAUGGGCCGAGUGAUGAACCCAGCUGACCAAGCGCCCUAAAAUUCACACACACACUCAUACACACACACACACUCAUACACACACACCCCUAUUUCACUACUGGUAUUUAUUUGUGGACCAACAGGAGGGUCCACGGACACUUCAGGAAGAGGGACAAUAUUUUUGUACAUAUCUGUAA